AUCUUCCCAUUAUUCACGUUGUCCAUAGAAUACGACACAAAACACAACAGUAGAUUCAUAUAAAAUACAGUUUUGUAAGGAUUCUAAUAAAUUGCAUUAUCGUAUUAGCAAGAAAAAAUAAAUUCUAACUAAACCAUAAAACCGUGUCAUAAUUUAAAGCCGCGGCAGUCGUCGCCUGGCGAGAGCUCACUGUCGACGUCGGCGUCGCUUUGCUCUCGUUGUCGUGUACGUGUUUCCAACGAGUGAGGACCGUUUUUUGUCUCCGUGUGAAUGGAGGCGAGCCCGUAAACUAUUCUUCAUCUUUUCAUCAGAGGAUAAUCAGACUAAAUAGACGUCUAUACGAACGGACCUAGUGAUUAAAUUAGUGACAAACUAGUGAUUAAGUCAUCAAUAUGGGAAUUAAAUUCUUAGAGGUUAUCAAACCGUUCUGCAGUAUUCUGCCAGAAAUCGCGAAACCCGAACGAAAGAUCCAGUUCCGCGAGAAGGUACUAUGGACGGCUAUCACGUUGUUUAUCUUUCUGGUGUGCUGUCAGAUUCCGCUGUUCGGUAUCAUGAGCUCCGACUCAGCCGAUCCCUUCUACUGGAUUCGUGUUAUCCUGGCGUCGAAUCGAGGCACAUUGAUGGAACUGGGUAUCUCGCCGAUCGUCACGUCCGGAUUGAUCAUGCAACUGCUGGCCGGUGCAAAAAUCAUCGAAGUUGGUGACACCCCGAAGGACCGAGCACUGUUCAACGGAGCACAGAAACUUUUUGGAAUGGUUAUUACAAUUGGACAGGCCAUUGUCUACGUCAUGACUGGAAUGUACGGUGACCCAUCGGAAAUCGGAGCCGGUGUCUGUCUGUUGAUUAUCAUUCAACUGUUCGUGGCAGGUUUGAUUGUUCUACUUCUGGAUGAGCUGCUGCAAAAAGGAUACGGUCUGGGAUCCGGUAUUUCACUUUUUAUUGCCACUAACAUCUGCGAAACUAUCGUGUGGAAGGCCUUCUCUCCAGCUACCGUCAAUACUGGCCGAGGAACUGAAUUCGAAGGAGCCGUGAUUGCUCUUUUCCAUCUGCUCGCCACCCGCCAGGAUAAGGUCCGCGGUCUACGUGAAGCAUUCUAUCGCCAGAAUCUGCCCAAUCUGAUGAACCUGCUGGCUACGGUUCUCGUGUUUGCAGUGGUGAUAUACUUCCAAGGAUUCCGAGUUGAUCUGCCGAUCAAGUCUGCCCGUUACCGUGGUCAAUACAGCAGUUAUCCAAUUAAGCUGUUCUACACUUCGAACAUCCCGAUUAUCCUACAAUCAGCUCUCGUGUCUAAUCUCUACGUCAUCUCGCAAAUGUUGGCCGUAAAAUUCCACGGAAACUUCCUUAUUAACCUGCUCGGAGUGUGGGCCGAUGUUGGCGGUGGCGGCCCGGCUCGUUCCUAUCCGAUUGGAGGCCUGUGCUAUUACCUUUCUCCACCAGAGUCUCUGGGACACAUUGUUGCUGAUCCAAUUCAUGCCAUCCUGUACAUUGUAUUCAUGUUGGGAUCAUGCGCCUUUUUCUCAAAGACCUGGAUUGAUGUGUCCGGCAGCUCUGCUAAGGAUGUCGCCAAGCAGCUUCGCGAACAGCAGAUGAUCAUGCGAGGACAUCGCGAAAACUCUAUGAUCCACGAACUGAACCGAUAUAUUCCGACGGCAGCCGCCUUCGGUGGUCUCUGCAUUGGCGCCCUAUCAGUGAUAGCUGACUUCAUGGGUGCCAUCGGUUCCGGAACCGGUAUCCUGUUGGCCGUCACCAUCAUCUAUCAGUACUUCGAGAUCUUCGUCAAGGAGCAGAGUGAAAUGGGAGGAAUGGGAACGUUGCUGUUCUAAUUUAUUUGUUUAACGUGUUUUCUUCAUGCUUAAGUUAAGCACAUUCUCUAUAACGUGAGAAAGCGAGACGCAAUGUAGUCAGGUGAAAUCACUACAAUUUACGGAACGCGAAGCUAUCCUUUCGAGCUACACGAAGGAAAGAUCAAAAAGUAAAUUGUAACUGAUUUUGAGAAUGCUAUGACAAGAUCAAAUUACAAUUUGAAACCUAAGGCAGACAAUGGGCGAGUUUUGCGCGUUUAGUUUAGUAAUGAUUGUGAAAAGACUUCAACCUAAAACGGAAAUUAUCAUUUAUGUUAAACCUAAUUUUAUUUCAUUCCUUAUCAAGUAGUAACGAGAGAAAAGAAAUACAGAUAAUGAAUGUAACCACGCUAUAGUAGCGCGAAUGAUGUCAAUAAAAAAUGUGUAGAAUAUUAAA